GGAAAAUAUCCACCAGGUACAUCCUUGCAGUAUUAGGAUCAAUAGGCCUUGGCAUAAUCUAUGGCCUCAAAGUGAAUCUUCAUGUAGCCAUAGUCAGUAUGGUGAAUCAUACUAUGGUGAAGGCCAUGGAAGGUGGAGGCCACGAUGUUUUAAAUUUGACCAAUAGCGCCCCUACGUGCGGAGAUACACCGGAUGAUGCCAAAAAUGCCACAGCAGCAUUAGCCGAAGAUGGCCCCUUCAUUUGGUCAAGCACUAUUCAAGGCACCUUACUCAGCGCUUAUUUCUGGGGUUACAUAGUGGCCCAAAUUCCUGGAGGAAGAAUUGCCGAACUCUUCAGUGCCAAAUGGGUUAUGUUUUUCUCAGUCGCCAUCAACGUUGUUUGCACUCUUUUGACCCCAGUAAUGGCUCAACUACAUUUUGGGGCACUUAUAGCCAUGAGGAUCGGAGAGGGGAUCGGUGGGGGAGUCACCUUCCCUGCUAUGCACGUCAUGUUGGCUCACUGGGCACCACCGAAUGAAAGGAGCGUCAUGAGUAGUAUUGUAUACGCAGGGACUGCACUUGGCACUGUAAUAUUUAUGUUAAUGUCUGGAAUAAUAGCCGGUGCUAUCAGUUGGCAAGCAGUGUUCUAUAUUGAAGGAGGAGUCAGUGCAUUGUGGCUACUUCUUUGGAUAGUUUUUAUUGCCGAUACACCACAAACUCAGAGGUUUAUCAGUGAAGAGGAGAGAAAUUACAUUGUGACUUCAUUAAAUCAAGGAGAAAAUGAAACAAAACACGAGGAACAGCACAAAAUGCCUUGGAAGUCCGUACUUACGUCACCUGCGUUUUUGGCUAUUCUCGUUGCUCACACUUGCUCCAACUGGGGCUGGUACAUGGUCUUGAUCGAGCUUCCUUUAUACAUGAAAUCCGUUCUAAAUUUCAAAAUAUCAGAAAACGCAGUUCUAACAGCUGUACCGUUCUUAUGCAUGUGGCUAUUCAGCAUGAUCCUGAGCAAAACAUUGGACACUCUGCGUGCAAAGAAGAUUAUAAAUACCACUAUGGCCAGAAAGUUAGCUACAGGUUGCGCCAGUGUAGUACCAAUGGUAUGCUUUAUUAUUCUGUGUUACAUUGGAUGUCAAAGGACUUUGGCUGUUGUACUAAUGACAUUGGCAGUUAUGUGCAUAGGAGGGAUGUUCUGUGGAUUCUUGUCCAAUCAUAUUGAUAUAGCACCCAACUUUGCUGGAACUCUUAUGGCACUGACCAAUACCGUUGCAACAAUUCCUGGCAUUAUCGUGCCAGUUUUUGUGGGUAAACUGACUUCAGCAGAUCAUUCAAUUGGAGCAUGGAGAAUAAUUUUCUGGACGACAGUAGUACUUUAUAUAAUAGAAAUCAUAGUAUACAUGCUGUUUGGUUCUGGGGAAGAGCAAAAGUGGAACAAAAUUGAAGGAGAACCGGGAGAGGCACAACCCCUUAAAUCACCGAAAGAAGAGAACAAUAAAGAAAAUAAGUCAGAAGUAGUAAAUGCUGCUUAAAAUUAUCGAAUAGUUUCGGAGGAGUAUUUAUAUUUAAUUUGGAGUUUUUAGCUGAUUUUUGGUGCGAAAUGUUGAAGACUUUAAUUUAUGCUUUCUAACUGUUAUUUUUAGUAACUAAUAUCUUUAAUUUAUUUAUUAUCAGUUUGAACAUAGUUUAAGGAUUUAAUUACUAAGGGAUAUUAGAAAAUAAUCAGUUUUGAUCUAUGUGGGCUUAAAAAUAUUGUCGUCAUUAGUCAAGGAAGUAGAAGCUCUUAACUUGUUAUGACAGUCAGUAAAGCACGUCUGCUAAUCAGAAUUAUGUAUCUGAAGCUCUGCUUGCAUUUUUAAACUAAACGUUUCAGCUGGUUCCUUCCGGAAACGCUCAAAUUGGUAGCGAGAAUAUCCUUUACAUUUUUUGUGGUAAUGAAAAAAAUUAGUCACAUACAAUUACCUGAGCUAAUACGUGUAGGUUUAUUUCUCCACUAAUGUUAUGUCAAAAUUAAUUCUAAACGAGUUGUUAAACUACCAUUAAAAAAUAAACUCAAUCAGUUUCACCCGAUAUCACUGCUGGCAAAUUGAAACAAUAUUAGAGCCAGAAUAAUAAAAAUAAGAAUUGGAAAUAUAAGACUGGGAUUUUUAAUUAGUGAAAUACUUCAAAUUAUCGAAGGAGAAUUUUUUAUUUAGAGUUAGGUUUAUUAAUUUGUAAGGCGCAAUUAAAACAUUGAACUAGAAAAUAAAUAUUUUGGUUUGUUAGGUUAUUUAGUAGGUAAUACAUACAAUUGCUUAGGAGUACUGUAAAAAACGAAAAGAUACUUAUUAUACAAAGUCCCAGAAAAGAGUGCCAGAAUUUAAACUACACAUAUUUGUCGAAAGUAACAACUUUUGUCUGAGAUAAUAAAUCUAUUGGAAAUUUAAAUUUUUGUUAUUACUACUGCAGCAUAAGUUAAAACGCUUUGUUAAGUAUAAUAAUAAGCAUAACAAAGCACAAAAACUUUUAAAAUAGUGAAUUAUUCUAUAAGACAUCUGGAUGCCUGACUUGGAGUUACAUUAAUAUUCAUUUGAUCCAUAGGCAGCUUCAUUAGUGUUUUUUUAAUGGAUGCAAAAUACCAGACAAAAAAUAAGAAGAAUGCAUUAUACAAAGUCGUUGCUUUUGAUGAGUAAAGUAAGUGAUUAAAAUGUUGAUAGGUACUUUAUUUUUUGGGGGCAUACAAUUUUAUCUACUGGUUUUGAUGACAUAUCUGUAAUCUAUGCUGUACAAGGACUUGAUCUCUGUACAUGGUGUAAUUAAAAUAUUUGGUCAAAUCGUGAAUUCUACUUCGCAAAUUAGUAAAAAAAAUCUUAUAAACGUGUGCCUGGAAACACUUUGGUUUCGAUCCAUAGCCAUAGAAAUAACACUUUAUUUAAUUCGUAGAUGUGAUAACAUGAACUUUAACACCCUGUACUUUGAAAACGAAACGUUUUGGGACACUGGUAUACAGAAAAUUUUUUUGUUGGUUUAUCAUGUAGAGUCUGCCAUUAUAAAGCUUGCUCAAACAUUUAUUUAUUAACUGAAUAUCUCUUUUUCUCAUGAAAAUAUGUUGCCAACUAAUUUUUUCACCAAAAUUGGGAUACUUUACUAUAAUUUUGAAUUAUAGAGUGAAUAGGAAUCGACAAAAAAAAUAAUUAGAAUUUGGUAAUAAAUAAAAAAAUAUAUAGUCCUUAAACAGAAUUCUCUGUACAUAAACUGAAUAUAAAUCAUAUUAUACACUGUUAAAUUUUCUGCCACAUAUUAAAAAAAUAAAAUGUAUUGAAAUUAACAUUGCAAUAUGUACAAAUUUUCCAUAUUAGCACAGAUGCAUAUAAUUUAAACUUCAAAAAUAAUUUCUGUAUUAUCAGAUAUUUAUCUUUGAUCUCUUCAUUUUAAAUAGCUAUCCUGCAAGUGAAUUACAUAAUGAAAUUAAAAUAUUAGCAUGAUAUCAAAUUACAAUAAAAAUAUUAAAAAAUAAUAGUCUGUAACAUGAGCAUUUAUAAUAAUUCAGUGUUAAUGCAUUUUUAAAUACUGUUAUUCAUCAAGUAGAUUAAAGUUAGUAGCUUUAUUGGCUAUAACAAAUUAUGUUUUGGCUAUAUUUUGUAUAACAAAAUAAAAAACUAAAAAUAGGCUUAUGACAAUAGUUAGUUUAUUUUUAUAUGAGAAGUUUCAAGUAUUAAGAUAAAAAAUGCAACAAAAUUACAUGAAUAUAUGCCUACAGAAGUAUUUUAUAUUAUUUUAUACAGGGUGAUUCAGUC